AGUCGCGGGGCCGAGAUGGACCUGCGCUUGGUCGUUUGCUUCAUUUUUCUGCCGAAUCUAAGAUUUUCCUCGGGCCAACUAUUGUCUUGCCCUGAGGGUCAGUGGCAGUGUGAUGAUGGAACCUGCAUUACUGAUGUGUGGAGAUGUGAUGGAGAAGGAGACUGUCUGGAUGGAUCAGAUGAAAUGGACUGUAAUGCCUCCACAAACUUGGAUUGUCCAGCUGGUCAGUUUCCAUGCAUGGACUCUGUUGGCUGCGUAGACAUGUCAGCCCAUUGUGAUGGACAGAAGCAGUGUCCCACUGGUUCUGAUGAGGAGAACUGUCCAGCCACAGAAGGCUGCCUGGAUUCUGAGUGGAUGUGUGGAAACCACAUCUGCAUCCCCAAAGAACUGCACUGCAAUGGACAAAACGACUGCAUGGACAAUUCUGAUGAAGAAGACUGUGGUAAAUGUAGUGAGAAUGGCCUUCAGUGUCCUGAGGGAAAGUGUCUGUUUGCUGAGGAAAGGUGUGAUGGACACAUUCACUGUUCUGACGGCAGUGAUGAGCCCAUAACCUGCGGUCGUACCUGCUCUAUGUACAAUGGCAGCUGCAGCCAUAUAUGCGCAGAUGAAUCCUGGGGAGUUCGAUGCAUUUGUCCUGUUGGACACAAGCUGUCCCCUAAUGGAGCCGUCUGUGAAGACUUGGAUGAGUGUGCUUCAUCUGUUCCUCGAUGUGCACAUCACUGCACAAACACCAUUGGCUCUUACUACUGCCACUGCAGAGAGGGGUUUAUACUCAACGGACACAGUACAUGUCAAGCUUUAGGUAAUGCUACCCAACUGCUGAUGAUGCAGAGGAACAGUAUAGGACUUCUGAAUGUAAAAUCCAAGCAGUUCACAGCCAUCAAGGCUCCAGUGUCGGACCCAGUGGCGUCAACAUACGACAUUACUAGGGGGUGGUACUACUGGGCCGAUGGCAGCGGGAGCAUUUACAAAACUAAUGGCCGAAACACCUGGGCAACUUUUACUGGACCACCUGGAAUCAAAGGUCUAGCCUGUGAUUGGCUAAAUGGAUACCUGUUUUGGACCAAUAAGAAGACUGAGUCAAUCUACAUGCAGUCAUCUGAUGAUAAAAGCUUUACAGCUCUACUGAGCAAAAAUGUCAGUCCUUCAGAAUUGGUUCUUCUACCCAUUGAGAGGUUUAUGUUCUGGAUCAAUGAAGGUCUGGGUGACAGAGUGACUUUAGAGAGGUCCUGGAUGGAUGGAUCAGACAGAAGCACUCUCGUGGUUCUUACUGCCCAGUUUGCCCACAGCCUCACAGCUGAUGUAGCUGCUAGAAGACUCUACUGGAUCAGUGACUCAAAGAGGUCCGUAGAGACGGUGAAGACAGAUGGGACUGGCCGAUACUCUUUCACAGGGCUCUUUAGCAAGAGACCAGCUUUCAGCCUUGCCGUCUUUGAAAGCAUGUUCUUCUGGGUUGAUCAAAAGGGACUUUGGCAGGCUCCCCAAGACCAGUCAAAUCCAAAGAAGUUUAUCAGGAAAACUGACUUGCCUCUGUUGUCAGUCUUCCAUGAGCUUCAACAACCCAAAGGCUCUUCUCCUUGUGCUAAGACUCAUUGUCUCCUCUGUCAACUGACUAAAAAUAACCCUGCUGGAUUCACCUGCGCUUGUCCAUAUUUUAAAGUACUGCUACCUGAUGGGACAUGCAAAUAUCCACGGUUUUUAUAUGGCACUGUAACAACAAUCAGCUUGUUGGAGUUUAAAGGCAAAGAGUCCUCUGAAACAGAACUGUUUUCUUCAAAAGAAGGAAUCCUUUCUUUUGAUGUCGACUGGUUCAGAGAAUGGUUGUACUGGGCCAACCAAACUGGCCAUGUUCAACGCACCAAGCUAACUCUGGACAAGACUGAGUUCAUUUCAACACCUUUGCCAGUUUGUCUGCUGUCUGUGGACCAGAGGAGUGGCAACCUUUUCUGGGUGUCAUGUGACCAGAACAUCAUUGGCACCAGUGCAGCCAGUAGAAAUUACCCACAGCAGCUGUACCACACCACAAAGGAGAUCAGCAGCUUUUACCUGGACUGGCUGAGAGGUGGAAUGUUCUGGUUGGAGGAGGACAGGAUCUUUGGCAUGGGGAUGAUGGGAGAAAAGGCUAAGGAGCUGCUGCAGAUGGCAGGAGGAGUCAGAGGGAAUGUCGCCUUUGACCUCAGAGCCAGCAGUCUCCUCUGGAACUCUAAAAGAGGAGGUCUGACAACAUUGAGUUUGCUGAAGGAGAAAAGCCACCAAGCAGGAAGAAGGUGGAACGUCUCAGGCUCAGUAGUGGCUGCUUUUGAGCCUUUCCUUUUGUCGAUCUCCAACAAAGUGAUAACUUUGUGGGAUCGGCGGGACGGGAGCAAAAUUCAGUCAGUUUCUGUGAAAGGUCCAGUGUUGAGUAUUAUCACUGUACUCGGGGAUAUUCAAACAGUGCCUGAUACCCAAGUCUGCAAUGUGCCGUCUUGGUUGUGCCAUCAGUCAUCCAUCUGCCUUCCACAAAAUCUGCUCUGCGAUGGCAAAAGGGACUGCCCUGGUGGAGAUGAUGAGGAGCUCUGUGUCAGUGCCUGUCCUCAAGAAGACUUUAUGUGCAUGGAUAGAAGAAACUGUAUUCCCAGAAUCCUUCUGUGUGAUGGCCGUGCACACUGUCACGAUGGUUCCGAUGAAGUUGACUGUCCGACGGUUGCAGCUCCUUUAUCACGGACAAAUGUCUUGAAGUGUCGCAGCGGCUCAGUGCUGUGUCAAGAUGGCACAGAGUGUGUUCUGUACACUCAUGUCUGCGACGGAGAGGCAGACUGUAAGGAUGGAUCUGACGAACUGGGAUGCGAUGCAACUCAAGAACCCACAAGUUCUACGAAGCCAAACAAAAAGCUUCCUGUUACCAAAGCUCCUCCCUUCAUUCUGUCGGCCUGCCUCAGCCCUUCUGUCCUCUGCCCUUCCUUUAAGGCAUACAUUUGCAUUUCUCAGAGCCAGUUUUGUGAUGGCAUUAAAGACUGUCCAGAUGGCUUUGAUGAACAGGACUGUGCUGAGAGAUGCCGUUUAAGAAGUGAUUUUCUCUGCAAGAAUCAUCAGAGCUGUGUGCCAAAGAGUUCAGUCUGUGACGGCCGACCUGACUGCCUUGAUGGCUCGGAUGAAGUGGGCUGUCCAAACGUAGCUCAAGGUGUACCUCAUAAUGGGUUAAAAUGUCGCUUUGGGUCCAAACGUUGCAGAGAUGGCCUAUCAUGUGUUCUCAUGAGCCACAUCUGUGAUGGUGAGAGGGACUGUCGGGAUGGAUCAGAUGAAGAUGGUUGUGACACUGCAGGAAUUGCAACAAUUGCUCCCACCACACCUCCAUGCACCAGUCCUUCAGUUCUGUGUCCAGGUUCUUCUAGAUGCAUCAAACCAACACAGAUGUGUGACGGGCAGAGAGACUGUCCUGAUGGAUCUGAUGAGAAAUGUGUGAAAAGGUGUUCCUAUGAGUCUGAUUUCCACUGCAAAGACCGUCGAAGUUGUGUCCCACUGAGCCAAGUGUGCGAUGGUCGCGCUCAGUGUAACGAUGGCUCAGAUGAGCUCAACUGUCCAAGUGAAGCGCCUCCUGCAGCUCCAAAUAAAAGCCUAAAAUGCCACUUUGGUUCUAAACUCUGUCAGGAUGGUCUGAGAUGUGUCCUUCUCAGCCACAUUUGUGAUGGAGAGAGAGACUGUCAGGAUGGAUCAGAUGAAGACAGAUGUGACAGUGCUGUUGAAAAUGGACCACUUAUUGGAGCUCCUACACCCACUAAAGAAGUAAUUCAGCCUCCCACCAUGCCUCCAUGCACCAGUCCUUCAGUUCUGUGCCCAGGUUCAACAAUAUGCAUCAAACACACACAGAUGUGUGAUGGAAAGAGGGACUGCCCUGAUGGGUCUGAUGAAAAAUGUGUCAAGAGAUGUACCUCUGACGCUCACUUUCGUUGCAAAGACCGUCGGCGCUGUAUCCCAAAGAGCCAAGUCUGUGACGGGCGUUCUCAGUGCACUGAUGGUUCGGAUGAGGUGAACUGCCUGAGCGCAGUGGUUCAAGAAGCUCCAAAAGAAGUGUUGAAAUGUCGCUUUGGCUCCAAACUUUGUAAUGACAGGACGGCGUGUGUUCUGCUGAGUCACAUCUGUGAUGGAGAAGUGGACUGUCAGGAUGGAUCAGAUGAAGAAGCCUGUGAUUCAGAGAGUGCUCCUGGUAAUUCUAUGGGAAAUGGGCUCUUAAGUAAAUCUCCAGAGCUGACUAAAAAAGUAACACUACCUCCCACUAAGCCUCCAUGCACCAGUCCUUCAGUUCUGUGUCCAGGUUCAUCUAUAUGCAUCCAACACACACAAGUGUGUGAUGGAAAGGAGGACUGUCCUGAUGGAUCUGAUGAAAAGUGCAUAGAAAGAUGUCCUUCUGAAAGGGACUUUCUCUGUAGAGACCGCCGGCAUUGCAUCCCAAAGACCCAAGUGUGUGACGGUCGCUCUCAUUGUAACGAUGGUUCAGAUGAGAUUAGCUGUCAAAGUUUAGUGCAGCCUGCAUCGCCUACUAAAAUCCUAAAAUGCCGGUUUGGGUCCAAACUGUGUCGAGAUGGGACAUCGUGUGUCCUCCCAAGUCACAUUUGUGAUGGAGAGCCAGACUGUCAGGAUGGAUCAGAUGAAGAAGAAUGUGACGAGAGCUUGACUCAGUCCCCAACACCCACAAAAGAAGUAACUCAGAUUCUGACUAAGCCUCCCUGCACCAGUCCAUCAGUUCUGUGUCCAGGUUCUUCUGUAUGCAUCAAAACAACACAGAUGUGUGAUGGAACAUGGGACUGUCCAGAUGGAUACGAUGAGAAAUGUGUGGAAAGAUGUCCAUCUAACUAUUUCCACUGCAAAGACCGUCGAAGUUGCAUUCCACGGACCCAAGUGUGUGACGGUCGCUCUCAGUGCAAUGAUGGCUCAGAUGAGGUCAACUGUCAAAGCGCAGCGCCCCCUGCUGCUAGUACUAAAGUCUUGAAAUGUCGUUUUGGGUCCAAACUGUGUGAUGACGGUACAUCAUGUGUCCUUCUGAGUCACUUUUGUGAUGGGGAUGCAGAUUGUCACGAUGGAUCAGAUGAAGAAGGAUGCGACAAUGGGAGCUUAAAUCAGUCUCCCACACCCACUAAAGAAGUAGCUCUGAUUCCAACUAAUCCUCCCUGCACCAGCCCAUCAGUUGUGUGUCCAGGUUCUUCUAUAUGCAUCAAACCAACACAGAUGUGUGAUGGAACGAGAGACUGUCCUGAUGGCUUUGAUGAGAAAUGUGUCAAUCGAUGUCCCUCUGACACUGACUUCCGUUGUAAUGAUCGUCGAAGAUGCAUCCCUAAAACCAAAGUAUGUGACGGGCGUUCUCAGUGCGACGAUGGCUCAGAUGAGAUGAACUGUCACAAUGGCGAGGUGGCUCCUAAAGCGCCAUCAAAAGUCCCAAAAUGUCGCUUUGGUUCCAAACUUUGUCGGGACAGGAUGAAAUGUGUCCUUUUGAGCCAUGUUUGUGAUGGUGAGACAGACUGCCAGGAUGGAUCAGAUGAAGAAGGAUGUGAUGCUACAGAGACUGAUGCCCAAAGUUCUGUGGAUAAUGACUACAUGAAUGAGUCUCCCAAACCAGUCAAACGUUUUAGUCAGCCUACCACCUCUCCACCAUGCACCAGCCCUUCAGUUCUGUGUCCAGGAACCUCCAUUUGCCUCAAGGCCACACAGAUCUGUGAUCGAAGGAAAGACUGUCCUGAUGGGUCUGAUGAAAAAUGUGUGAGAAGAUGUCCAGGCACUGAUUUCCGUUGCAAAGAUCGUCGAAGCUGUGUCCCAAAAAGCCAGGUCUGUGAUGGUCGCUCCCAGUGCAACGACGGCUCAGACGAGGUUAAUUGUCGGUCAGUAGAGUCUCGACCAUCUCAGCCAAAUGCCCUUAAAUGUCGCAUGGGGUCCAGAAUGUGUCGCGAUGGGACCAAUUGUGUCCUCUUCAGCCAUGUCUGUGAUGGGGAAAGGGACUGUAGGGAUGGAUCGGAUGAAGAAGGGUGUGAUGCUGCAGAAACAAUUGAAUCCUCAUCCCCCAACAAACGGUUCUGUAGUUUCCCUUCAGUUCUGUGUCCUGAUUCAAAUGUUUGCAUCAACCCGUCUCAGUUAUGUGAUGGGAUCAGAGACUGCCCUGAUGGAUCUGAUGAGAACUGUGUGAAAAAGUGUGCUGACAAAACCGACUUUCUCUGCAAAGACCGUAGGAGCUGUGUGUCUAGGAGUCUAGUUUGUGAUGGGCGCGCUCACUGCUAUGAUGGCUCGGAUGAGGCUGACUGUCGGAGUGUAACUGCUCCACCGCUUAAGUCCAAUGUGUUAAAGUGCCGCAUGGGCUCAAAGCCAUGCAAAGAUGGCAAAGAUUGUGUUUUAUUUAGUCAUGUUUGUGAUGGAGAAAUCGACUGCAUGGAUGGGUCUGAUGAAGAAGGAUGCCAAGAAACAUGUGAUGAAGGAGAGUUUCAGUGUGCCCAUGGGAAGAUGUGCAUCCCUGAGAAUGAGGUUUGUGAUGGCAAGCCACAGUGUCGGGACCACUCUGAUGAGAUGGACUGCUGGCAGCGAACAAAGAGCUGUGAACACCGUUGUGCUGAUGGCAAACGGUGCAUCCCAAAGAAGUUCCUCUGUGAUGGAGAGCCAGACUGCUUAGAUGGAACGGAUGAACUGAACUGUGAUUCUGUUCCAACAGAUUUUCCUAUUACCUCAACAUCAGCUUGCAUCACUCCUUCAGUUCUGUGCCCAGGCUCAUCACGGUGCAUCUCUCAACACCAAUUGUGCGAUGGACAAAGGGAUUGCCCAGAUGGCUUUGAUGAAAAGGAAUGCAUAGUUCAAUGUGAAAACCCAGCGGACUUCCUGUGCAAGGACCAGAGGAAGUGUAUCCCAAAGACUCAAGUGUGUGAUGGCCGUAACAAUUGUCCAGAUGGUUCAGAUGAGAAGCAGUGCCAAUCAGAACUUACAUCUGCAUCUUCUAUUAAUGCACCAAGAACAAGGCAUAGGCCUCUAAAGUGCCGCACGGGUUUCAAGCUGUGUAAAAAUGGCCUGGAGUGCAUCAUGUACAGCCAUGUCUGUGAUGGAGAGCGUGACUGCCAGGAUGGGUCUGAUGAGGAGGGAUGUGAGAAGCAAUGCAAGCCAGGACAGUUCCAGUGUUCUCAUGGGAGAAGAUGCAUCCAACAAGAGCAGGUGUGUGAUGGGCAGAAUGACUGUCAGGACCAUUCGGAUGAAACAGACUGCUCAAAACCAAUUGAAGGCUGCCAUCACCUUUGUGACAAUAAGACUCGCUGCGUUCCGAAGACCUUUCUUUGUGAUGGAGAAAAGGACUGCACUGAUGGGUCAGAUGAAGAUAAAUGUGGUUCAGUAGCCUGUGCUCCACAUCAGCAUCGUUGCGAAAGCGGGCAGUGCAUUUCUGAGGCGUUUAAAUGUGAUGGUUAUCCUGACUGCCACGACCACUCGGAUGAGGCGGGCUGUCCAAGAGCCCCUCGUUGCCCGGCACAGCUCCAGUGCCCACACAGCCAUGAAUGCCUGCAGAAAGAGUGGCUUUGUGACGGAGAAGAGGACUGUAAAGAUGGCUCAGAUGAGAAUAACUGCAACAACCCUCCAACAAAGUGCAGGAAGUACCAAUUUCAGUGCAGAGGCAGCGGUUUGUGUAUUCCUCAAUCCUGGAGGUGUGAUGGAAAAGAAGACUGUGACAAUGGAGUUGAUGAGGAUAAAUGCACCCAAAGGAAAUGCCCCUACCACCUUUACCAAUGUGGCAGCAAAGAAUGUCUGGAAACCAGGCUGGUGUGUAAUGGGAUCAACAACUGUAUUGAUGGCUCAGAUGAAGGUGUGGGAUGUGCUCAACGCAACUGCUCAAGUCCUUCAGCUCCUACCUGUGACCACAGAUGUGUCAGCACCCCUAAUGGACCGAGGUGUUACUGCGGUGUCGGUUUCAGGCUGCAGUCCAGCUCCAAGUCCUGUAUGGACAUUGAUGAGUGCACUUCAACAGCAGCUACUUCAUGCAGUCACCUUUGCCAGAACACUCAGGGAUCCUACAGCUGUCUCUGCCACCCUGGCUUCUAUCUUGAGCCAGAUAACAAAAGCUGCAAGACAAAAGAUGAGCCUCUGCUUUUGGCUUCGGUGCAGUCCGAAAUGCUAAUACUUGGAGUCCAUAGCGGUACAUUGCAGCUUCUCUCCUCUGCUGACCGGCCAGUUUUUGCUCUGGAUUUUCACUGGGCUGAGCAGAGAGUUUACUGGCAGAGCCCCGACCACCAGAGCAUCCGCUGGGCUGACAUGAAAUCUAAAACCAAAGGGACGCUGACCAAAGGCGUGAAGUCUGAUUCAAUUGCAGUGGACUGGGUUGGUAAGAACCUGUACUGGGUGGAUGGACUGGUUGGACAGAUUCUGGCUAUAAAGCUAAGCAGUUCAAUCAUGAAAUCUCAGGACUAUACUGUAGUUCUUGGGGAAAACCUGGAGCAGACAAGCUCAUUGGUCCUGAUACCAGACAAGGGAUUGAUGUUGUGGUCUGAGAUUGGCAGCAUCCCUCAAAUCGAGCAGUCUGGGAUGGAUGGCUCCCAGAGGAAAGUACUGGUGAGCCAGGACUUGAGCUGGCCAGUCAGUCUGGCCUAUGACUUCCUGGAUGACAGGAUCUACUGGGCUGAUGAGAAGCUGCACUGCAUAGGCUCAGCCUCGCUGGAUGGAGACAACAUAAAGAUCCUCCAGUUGACAGAAACUCCAAGCCCUUUUUCUGUGGCGGUUUUCAGCGACCGCAUGUUCUGGUCUGACACCAAGAGAAGAACUGUUCGUUCAGCUGACAAGAAAACUGGCAAGAAUCAAACUGUUCUUCUGAAGAGACCUGGGCAGCCAUUUGGAUUAAAACUGAUGCAUGCCCUCUCCCAACCACCUGUAUCAAGCCCUUGUGAUCAUCUUCGAUGCUCCAAUCUCUGUCUUUUGGCUCCAGCACCAGGAAAAUCUAGAGCUGGAGCUCCAGCAGUAAAUGCUGCAGUUUGUCGAUGUCCAAAGGGUCUGCUUCUUUCUCAGGACAGAAUGACCUGCGUUCUUCCCAAAGAGUCAUCUUUCAUCCUGCUUUUGUCCCACAACAAAAUAUCUCAGAUCUACUUGCGCUCUAUGCGCCGUCACGGAAUCGCACUGAAGAAAAUGCCAAAUGGCAGAGACUUCAAUCUCCCAGGAGUACCUGAGGCUAUGAGUCUGGACAUUUCCUUCUCGGAGCUCUUGGUGUUUGUUGCUUAUUUAAGACAUGGAUCUGUGGAUGUGCUAAAACUCACCAACUCCCUAUCAAAACCAGAGCUUGUGCUUGCUGGACAAAUCAUAAAGUUACAGGAUGACUCGGUAACUGCUCUGGCAGUGGACUGGGUGACCUCCAAUCUGUACUGGAGCAGCAUGAAGAGGCCGGACAUACAUGUGACGUCACGUCUUGAGAACCACACCACCUCUCUGCUGCAAGGACCCCUCAUUGGAGUUGCAUCAAUCACCCUCCAUCCUUCCUCGGGUAGGCUCUGCUAUUUUGCCAUAGUAAUAAUGGGUUCAAGGAGCCAGACGGAGAUCCACUGUGCAUGGAUGGACGGCCGUAAUAAAGUAGUGCUGUGGAAGCGGUUAAGCAUUCCUAUCUCCAUGGUUUUCACUAAUGAUGGAACCAGAAUCUAUUGGGCUGACACUGGUGAAGGAAUAAUAGGAUCUAUUGGAGUGGAUGGAUCGGCUUAUAGGGAGUACAAAACGGGACCCAAUCUGCUUGUGUCUUUCACGCUUAUUGAGAACUUUUUCUUUUGGGUCACUCAAGACAAAGAUGUCAGCAAAUUGUGGUUCAGUGAUGGACUCCAACCGAAGCAGUUGUGGUUCCAAACAAAGACAAAGAUAUCCGAAAUCAGGUCCUACAACAAUGAAACCCAAUCGGGAAGCAACCAUUGCUCAAACAGCAACGGUGGAUGUGUCCACCUCUGCCUGCCCUAUCCAGGAGGUCGGACUUGUAGGUGUGCAUGGGGCUUUUACAGUGUAAAUGACACGUCCUGUGUCCCACUUCCUUCCUGCCCCUCUGGAGAGGAAUCCUGUUUAGAUGGCAGCCAGUGUAUCGGGAGCAAGAAGUUCUGUGACGGGCGUGCAGAUUGUCCAGACCAGUCAGAUGAACAGGACUGUCCAGGAUCUGCCUCAUUUGGAACCGUAGUUGGUGGUGACCAAUCCCCACAGUCUUCCCUUCACCAACCUGACACUCAGAAAAACACCAUUGUGCCUAAUGAAGUCUUGGCAUCAUGCGAUCUCCAGCGCUGCAAUGGCCACGGCAACUGCAUCACAGAGGGCGAAGUCACUCGCUGCCACUGUCUACAAGGUUACAUGGGAGAAUUCUGCCAGACUCAACAAAGACAAAGUCACCCAGCAAUCAUCCUGGUGUCCAUUUGUCUGGUCUCUGCAGUAGUAGUGGGUGCACUCGUCUUCACUAAAAGAAGAUGGGAAUACAUGAGAAAUACAUCUGCAGAUAAAGAGAACCUAAUGACAAAUAUGGUUAUUCCAGGUGAACAAGAUUCUGAUUCUGAGGAGCUGGAAUCUCCUGUAGAUGUGAAGAACCCACUGCCAAUUAAAUGAAUAAACUGCAGAUGAAAUGAACUAAACUUUUACUGUAUAUAAUAAAAAACAUGAACCAAAA